UAUUUGUAUAAAAAUAUGAAACAAAUUGUUUUUUUUUUUUUUUUGAAAGGCGCACCUGUUUCUACUACUACUUCUACUACUGGCCUUAGUUUGGGUUUCAGUAAACCUGCUGGAUCAGCCACUCCUUUUGCUUUACCGAUCACUUCCACUUCUUCUGGACUUGCAUUAUCUUCUGCCCUUACUUCUGCUCCAGCAGCAGGCUCUUCUGGUUUUACAUUAAACUUGGGAGGCACCAUUGCUCCAACCACCACUGUAUCUACAGGACUUUCUCUGGGAGGAGCCUUGACUGGUUUAGGAGGAACACUUUUCCCAAAUGCAAGCACCUCUACAACAGGGCUUGGACAGAAUGCUUUUGGUUUGACCCUUGGGACAGCUGCAGCACCUGCUGCCACAGUUAAUGAAGGUCUUGGUGGCAUAGAUUUCAGUAGCUCUUCAGAUAAAAAAAGUAUGUUUUUAAGUAAAAUUUUGUAGUUAUACCAAAUCAGGAAUAUUUUGGGAUUAGUGAAUUGCAAAGCCAAUUGCCGUCAAAAUCCAAGGAUUCCCUGUAAUUUAUAAAUGGUAUCCAAUAGGUAUUAGCUUUUUAGAAGUGAAACAGGUAUUUCAAAGUAAUUGA